GAUGAUACUCAUACGGUUCCGUUAGUAGCUUGUUCACCGUUUGUUGGGCAGGUAUGAAACUCUCGCUUUCGUUGGUUUUGCUUGCGGCGGUGGUCGUCUUGGGCGGUCCGUUGGAUGACCACUACCACCCAAGUUUCCCGGAGGAGGAGAAAUCUACCCGCACUCGUAAUGCCAACCAGGAGCAAACUAUCGAAUACUGGAAGGAACAUGCCAAACAAACCGUGGACACCUUGGUCAACCGGAAGGAGAACACGAACGUCGCCAAGAACGUCAUAAUGUUCUUGGGCGAUGGCAUGUCGAUUUCAACCGUGGCCAUGGCUCGAGUCUACGCCGGUGGUGAAGAGCGUCAACUGUCGUUCGAGAAGUUUCCGCACAUUGGUAUGUCGAAGACCUAUUGCGUUGAUUAUCAGGUUGCAGAUUCAGCUUGUACGGCAACUGCCUAUCUGACCGGAGUAAAGGGUAACUACGAAACGAUUGGAGUCAAUGCUCAAGUUCCCAGUUAUCAUUGUACCGCACAGUUGGACCUGAAUACCCACACGCACUCUAUUGCCAAGUGGGCGAUGGAUGUUGGAAAGGAUGCUGGACUGGUAACGACUACUCGAGUUACUCAUGCUUCCCCAUCUGGAGUUUACGCUCAUAUUGCGAAUCGUGAUUGGGAAAGCGAUAAUUAUAUUCGCACCGACGGAUGUAAUCCAGAUCUUAUAGACGACAUUGCUAAACAGUUAAUUCAUGGUGAAACUGGUAAGAGAUUGAAGGUUAUCAUGGGCGGAGGUCGCAGGGAAUUCUUGGACACGGACUUAGAUCCAGAGUAUGGAACGCGAGGAUACCGUAGGGAUAACAGAAAUUUGAUCCAAGAGUGGCUGGACAUGGCAGGUGGAGCGGAAAACCGUACUUUUGUCUGGAAUAAGCAAGACUUGUUCAGGGUUGAUACGACAAGGACUGACAAGCUUUUAGCCCUAUUUGAGCCUAGCCACUGCGCAUACAAUCUGGACCGGGUUCACCAGGAAAUGGAAGGUGAACCGACAUUGGCGGAAAUGGUCGAUCGAGCGACGGACAUUCUAAGCAAGAACGACAAAGGCUUUUUCCUUUUCGUGGAAGGUGGUCGAAUUGAUCAUGGUCAUCAUGAUACUUGGGGUAGACUGGCAAUCGACGAAACGGUACAGUUCUCGGAAGCAAUCGAGCUUGCACGCAAGAAGUUCAGCGAAGAAGACACUCUCAUUGUCGUCACUUCAGACCACUCACAUGCUGUGAGCUUCUCCGGUUACCCGAGCCGUACUAAUGACAUUUUCGGUGCCGCUGGAACCGCAUCCGAUGGGUUGCCCUACAUGACGCUGAGCUACGCCAACGGAAGGGGAUACUACGAUCACAUCGAUCUGGAAACCAAGGGUCGUAAAGAUAUUCGCAAGUUAGACACAACCGCUGACUACUUCCGAUUCCCAGCGACGCUUCCUGUUGACUCGGAGACCCACGGAGGAGAGGAUGUGGCCGUGUACGCUUCGGGUCCAUGGGCUCAUCUCUUCACCGGAUCCUACGAACAAAACACCAUUCCGCACAUGAUGGCCUACGCUCUAUGUGUUGGAGAUGGAUUGACGGCAUGUGCGGACACGACGCAAUAAAGCAAUCCAAAAGUCCCCGUGGGGUGACUUUUGUACGAAGUGUUGUAGAUUAUAGUAAAUUAUUCACAAUCAAUCUCGAGAUUACAAUAAACGGCUUUCGUUUUAAUUA